GAGGAAGUUUUCAGAAACUGAGCAGAGAGGAAGCUGCGACGCGCAAACAGCAGUUGACUGUACUUGUGACAGAUGCUGCACCUUGUGCGGCCGCCAACUGACGUUGCCGAGGCGGUUUGUAGAGGGCGUAAAAACGAAAUUUAUACAGUCAUUGGCGCUGAUGCCAAUUGGUGCGCAAGCAUAUUUGCACAGACUUAUAUUAUGUACCGCAAUGCGCGCAGCUACAGUUCAUGUGCGGCGCAUGCGCGUCGACUUUUUCGACAAUUAUUUGCUAUUGAAGUGACCAACAUUUAAGUUUUUACUUUUGAUGAGAAACGCGUGAUGGCGUCAGUAAAAGAAACAAGGGAAACAGGUAGCAUUGGCUUAAUGCUUAACUCGAACGUCGCUGACAGCAACCGCUUUAUGACAACUGCGGCUGCGCUCCAUUGCGUCUUUUUACUUUUAUGGGCCAUUUUUUCAAUGUUUUGCGUUUCUCACCAUUUUCGGCCUUUUCUCCGUUAUAGACGCGUACAUUAAGUUUUAUGUCACUUUAGUUUAUUUAUUUUUCGCAUUAUUUUCAGUUUUUGUCUGUUGUUUUGUUUUGUUUUCGCGCCAGUUUAUGAGCUGUGCGUGCACGCGUUCAACACUUUUCAGCGUUACUGUGCUUGCGUCGACGCGCGUCUUGCCCGGUUCAUUCACUACAUUUUUCUUGCGCGUUGCUACACAGUUGCUGCUGCUGCUUUUAUUUAAUUUUUCGGUAAAAAUGUUUUGUAAUUGCUUUUUCAGCACUGCAUCGCCGCAACGGUAAUAGCGGCAGCGGCAAACUCACAUUUCCGUACUUUUUUGGAACCAGUAUAAAAGGGUGUCUUUCUGGGAACAAGUACAUCAAACUCAUCUUAAUGCUCUCAAGCAUUGCACGUACGUGAAACCGCAACGAAAUAUUCAACUAAAAGUGACGCGUUAACUAAUUCGAAAUAUUCUUUUCGGUGUGUUACCUAAAUACGUAAUUUUCGUGAAAAUGAAAGUGUUCACCAUCUUCGCCACCACUUCCUUGCUCUUCGUUAGCUGCAUUUGCGCUGCGCCAAGUGUACAAGAUAAUCGCGUGGAAGGGGAAAAUGGCAGCUCAUUGGCACUUGCCGCCCGCUACCUUGGCAGCUGUUUUGAAGCUGAGGAUAUGACUACUUGUUUCGCCGUCAAGGGUAUUACGGCAUUAAAUCGCGCGGCUAGAAGCAAUAACAUCGAACUCGUCAAUGGCAUAUCGUUCAAAAGAGAUUCCGCUUCCUCCGUGGCACGCGGCGGUAAGGCAUUGAGUGAAAGCGAAAUAUACGCGCAAUUACCUGAAAAUGCUGAAGAACGCAGUGGACGCUUGGUGGACAUUGCUAUGCAAAACGCUGCUGAUUUCUUGAGCUCCCACAGUUUAGAAGUGAAAAUCCCGGCUGAAGCUACACAAGAAAUGGCACGUGCACUCGAUGAAGGCCGAGGUAAAUUGAAGAAGAUGUUGGGUCCGAUAGCUAUCGCUGUUGGCGCCAAACUCUUUGCUGUCAUACCCAUUGUGCUCGGCGCUUUGGCCCUGCUCACUACCAAAGCUGUGAUUGUGGCCAAGAUCGCUUUGUUGUUGGCUCUCAUUGUCAGUGGCUCACGCUUCUUUGGUGGUCUGGGCAAUAAGUUCGGUGGUGCUCUUGGUAGUGGCUAUAACGCGGCUGGUUGGUCAGGUGGCAACUCUGCUGGUUGGUCUUCGGGCGCUGCCUCCUCUUAUCCAUAUGCCCGCAGCUUGGAUGCCCAACAGUUGGCCUACAGUGAACAAGCGCCCGCCGUCAACGACGAAGAAGUUGAAGAGGAACAGCUCUAAAUAUUGAGCUCAGAGGGUGUUACCAUUAUAUUGGAAAUACCAAAAAUGUGCCUUUAUUAAAGUAUACAUUAUACUUAUAUUAAUGUAUACUUGGUAGUUCGUAGUAAUUUAUUAAAAAAAAAAUAUGUAUUGCCCACGACUUGAAAACUGUUUGCUAAUGGGUACGAGUACGAAUAAAACCGAAUAGUAAAACGAAAUACAAAAGGAGUUCAAAACCGCAAUUCAUUCGCAUUUGAAUUAGUAUUAUUCUUAAAGCUGAUGUACAUAUAUUUAUUAAUUUAAGUUUGUAUUCAGUUGUUCAAAAUGUACAAAGUUUAGCGAAUAAAGUUCGAACAUAUAAAU